UUUACUUGUUGUGUGACCUACUAUGUAGGUCCCAUAAGCUUCAGCUAUUGGGCCGCACGGAAUAUUCCAAUGACCCUUUCGGCUAAGUACGAACAUUUGGUAGAGGAUGAGACCAACCUACGCGUUGCCUCCUUAUUGAAUUUGGUUGAUCAGGUUGUUCUCGUUUUGGCCGUCUCCACUAUUGAUCAUGAUGAGGCGGGAUACAUCCACGAAAUGGUAACCGUAUCGUUAGCUCAGAACUUCGUUCCUCGGGAUCAGCCUUGUGCGAAAUUCAGCUGGUUCCCUGGUUACAAAUGGCAAAUCAUUGAAUGUCGCUUCUGUAUGGAUCACCUGGGAUGGGAGUUUACCUCUAGACGAUACAAUCCAUCGAAAUUCUACGGAAUAACGAGGAAAGCAGUUGUGCCUCGUAAGGCAAAUACUGAUAAAGAGGAGCAUGUUUAA